UGUCUAACUUUGAAAAAAGGUGUGAAACAUAAUUAGUUCAUUUAAUGAUAGAAAAGACAGGGAGGAUAAUUUUGAAUUAUUUAAGCAAACAUUUCCACUAAGGUAAAUAAGUUUAACGAACAAAACCAAUAAGAUUUUAGGGAUAAAUGUCUAAACCGUGUAAUCCAUAUGAUCCACUCGAGAUGUUUGUUAAAGGAAUAUUAUAUAUUUGUGCUCACUGGAAAUAUGGACGAUGAGCAAUUCCGGACUGAGUCAUUUUAGAUGUCCUCUCUAAUAGCAUCUUUUCGAAAAAUAUAAAUAUCAUAGCAAUGACUGAGGUAGAAGCACGAGCAGCUAGAUGCGGCAGACGACAGAAAACCAGUCUCUAUCUGACUGACAUGUCACGCGAAUCCACCAUGGUUCAAGCUCUCCAGGAGGCUGAGGAAGAAUUCAUGAACGCUCUACAACAGCAGAAUGCACGAGUAACGAAUGAUGUUGACUUAACUGAUGAGGAAGAUAUCAACAAUGAACCCCCACGGAAGUAUUGGGAACCACAGGAAAUAAAAAUCAGAUUAUAUUUGCGGGAAUGCGAAAGAUUAAAGGUGAUUCCAGUGAGUGCGUAUCUAAAACAAGCAACCAAGAAUUUUCUCAAAGUGAAACAUUAUAACAUGGGACCGAACGGGGCCAAAGCUCUUUCUGCCGCACUCUUGCUCGAUACAACUAUAUCAUAUCUGGAUAUAGAAGGCAAUUCGAUCACCUCGAUGGGACUCUCCAGUAUCAAAGAGGCCCUGUCAGAAAAUAUGUAUAUUACGUAUUUGAAUAUUGCGGACAACCAACUGUUGAGCCGGGGUGCUGAGCUUAUUGGUGAGAUGAUGGCACAUAAUCAUGUAUUGGAGGUGUUCGAUGUGUCCAAAAAUGGAUUUCGAGAUUCGGAUGCACACAUUUUCGCAAAAAUCAUCAGCGAAAACAGAACUUUGAAAGAAUUAAUUCUUGCCGGUAAUGAAUUCGAAGAACGUGCUGGAACCGAAUUUGGAGCAGCCUUGGCUUCAAAUGAAAUUCUUGAGAGACUUGAUAUAAGCUGGAAUCAUAUACGGAAGAAAGGGGCUGUUGACUUUGCUCAAGGAGUAAAGGAGAAUAUAGGAUUAAAGAAACUAAAUGUGAGUUUUAACGGGUUUGGUACUGAAGGAACAGCUUACAUGGGCCAAGCUUUAGCAGCAAACUCCACCCUUCUUGAACUGGAUAUGACAAAGAACCGGAUCACCAACAUCGACCUGGCAAUACUCACAAAACAAAUGGCGCAAAAUGAGACCCUUCAGAUUUUACGGAUUGGAGACAACCUAUUUAAUGCACUAGGUGCUAUGGGAAUACUCCGAGCUGUGCUAGCUUUAGAAACAUCGUCAAUCCAAGUACUGGACUUUGGGACUAUGUGUGUGGACCAGUGUUUUCUAAUAGUACUUAAAGAACUACAAGAAGUAAAAGAUGUAAAGGUGAUACAUGGUAGAAUACAGAAUGUGUAUUUGGAUAGAGACAUGAUGCCUGUCCCGGAAAACCCUGACCAAGCUCUUACUGAAUACACUGGAACAACACCAGGUUUUAGUGAAAUAGACAGAAAUGAAAAAGGUAGAACUUAUGUAGUAGAAGAACUCGACAAAAAUGGUGAUGAUGAAAUAGGUGAUAAGGAAGGCAAUAAGGGUGAAGAAGAUGAAAAAAGAACAGAAAACAAUGGUGAAGUGAAAGAGAGUGAAAAAACUGCAGACAGUGUAGAAGAUGAGAAGGGAGAAAAAGAGGAAGGUAUUGAGUUUGAUGAAAAGAAACUAGAUGAUGAGGUGGAGGCAGUAACUGGUAAACCUGAGCCUGAGAAGAAGGUUCAGAAAGCUCUUGCUGAUGACAGGGGAAGUGCAGGCACUCUCACUCCAGAUAUAUAGGUGAAGAUAAACCAUUUCAUUUUAUCAGUGAUGCAAGGCAAAGUUCUGGAAUGGUAACCUCUGAAACUGAAUCAAUUAUUUCUGAUCGCAGGAGAAGAUUCAUACUGAUUCAUAUUUGGUGAAUAUGGAAGGAUCAUUUAAAUUCCAAUUUACUCCAGUAAUUUAGUCUUUCCUAUAUAUCAAAAGAACUGGAUGGGCGGUUACAUAAUAGAAAAUAUUUGCAAUGAAAGUGCUCUGCACCUGGUGCAUUAUAAAUGAUUAUAGGCAUCAUAUGUGAUGUUGGAAUCUGUUACAACAUAAAUGUAGUGUAUCAUUUUUGUUGAGAUUUGGUAGAGCAGAAACUUUUGCUAGAGAGAUGGUCAUUUUUUUCCAUCAACACAGAAAAUGUUUUGUAAUUUUCCAACCUAGUAUAUUGCCAUUUUCCUUGUUGAUAAUAGAAACACCUGUUGGCACUGUU